AGAGAAAAGAAAUAAAAACAAGUCCACCAAACAGAAAGCAAAGAAUAAACCAACUCGCAUUACAAAGGGGAAGGAAUCGAGAAACAAAUUCAAAGCCAAACAGAGGAAAAUAACAUUUUUUUUGGAAAUUGCAAUGGCAGUAGUUAUCAAUUCUUGUAAGCUUGUUUUGAUCUUCGCUACGGUGAUGAUGAUGAUGACCGUCGAUGCGAUUGGGGACAGCCAAAGCCAGCAGGCGAUCCUGGGUUGGAUGUCAACCGCCGCCGCCGCCAGAUCGGCAUGCAAGGGUUCCAUAGGCGAAUGCUUAGAAGAGGAAGAAGAGUUUGAGGUUGAUUCGGAGAUCAACCGCCGUAUUUUACAAACCACGAGGUACAUAAGCUACGGCGCGCUCCAGAGGAACACCGUCCCUUGCUCCCGCCGUGGCGCUUCCUAUUACAAUUGCCAGCCUAGAGCUCAGGCUAACCCUUACAACCGUGGAUGCAGCCGUAUCACAAGGUGCAGGAGCUGAGCUUUCUCUUUUUUUGUUUUGAAAAAUGAAAACAAUUUCCUUUUCAGGUUUUCUUUUACUUUUUUUUCACGGUUUUUAUUGGGGUUUGAUUGCUAUACAU